GUAAGAAAACUACACUGAAUAGGAAUGGCAGCUUUUAAAAGUGGGGGAACUACAGUAUAGGGUAUAGGAUAAACAAUGGGACAAAACAGGAAAAGACGACGAAAGCUUUGGAAUGUUCCACAACUUCCUUUCAUUCGAGUUCCUCCCUCCAUCUAUGACACUUCCUUACUAAAGGACCUCAACCAAGGGCAACAGCGCUACUUUUACAGCAUCAUGAGGAUUUACAACUCCAGGCCCCAGUGGGAGGCCCUGCAGACCCGCUACAUUCACAGCCUUCAGCACCAACAGCUGCUUGGCUAUAUUACUCAACGGGAAGCCUUGUCUUAUGCUCUUGUACUUAGGGAUUCAACCAAGAGAGCCUCAGCCAAGAUAGCUCCUCAAAGAACCAUUCCCCGGAAAACUUCAGCCAUGACAAGAUGUCCCUCAGUACUACCUGUAUCUGUGGUUCUACCUAGGGCCCAAAGUAAAAGGUGCCAAAUGCUCAGGAACUGAGACUUGGUGCAUUUUCAGAAACA